GCCAGGGGGCGGAGGCCAUCUAGAAUUUUCUGCCGCUUCGGUUUAAAUGGCCAGAGCAGAGUCGCGCGUGAGCGCGAGGUAGCGCGGAAUUGAAGACGGUCGGAGGUUGUUUCUUUGAUGGUGUGGGCUUCGGCUUCAAAUCAUAAUAAGAAUUAAACGGCGGUCUGUGAUCCGAUAUUAAAGGGGUAGCCAUGGUGAAGGAGACAGCUUACUAUGAUAUCCUGGGGGUCAAACCCAGCGCUGGUUCUGAGGAGAUCAAGAAGGCGUAUCGGAAACUGGCCCUGAAAUAUCACCCCGACAAAAACCCCAACGAAGGGGAGAAGUUCAAGCUUAUAUCACAAGCCUAUGAGGUUUUGUCAGAUCCUAAGAAGCGAAAUCUCUAUGACCAAGGUGGUGAACAAGCCAUUAAGGAAGGAGGAGUAGGGGGUGGUGGUUUCUCCUCGCCGAUGGACAUCUUCGACAUGUUCUUUGGUGGUGGUGGCAGAAUGCAAAGGGAGAAAAGAGGCAAGGAUGUUGUUCACCAGUUGCCUGUUUCACUUGAGGAUCUGUACAAUGGAGCCACAAGGAAACUGGCCUUGAAGAAAAAUGUCAUUUGUGAUAAAUGUGAUGGUUGUGGAGGCAAGAAAGGUGCUGUGGAAAAGUGUCCAAACUGCAAAGGUAGAGGGAUUGAAAUCCAUGUACAACAAAUUGGACCUGGAAUGGUGCAGCAGAUUCAGACAAUGUGCUCAGAAUGCCAUGGACAGGGUGAACAGAUUAAUCCAAAAGACCGCUGCAAGAAUUGUAAUGGACGAAAAAUAGUGAAAGAGAGAAAAAUACUUGAAGUCUAUGUAGACAAAGGUAUGCAAGACGGACAGAAGAUAACAUUCCGUGGAGAGGGAGAUCAGGAGCCUGGAUUAGAACCUGGUGAUGUUAUCAUUGUGCUUGAUCAAAAGGACCAUGAUGUAUUCCAAAGGCAUGGAAAUGACUUGGUGAUGAAAAUGGAAAUCCUACUGGUGGAAGCUUUAUGUGGUUUUAAAAGGACAAUAGGAACACUUGACAGAAGGACAUUGCUGAUUUCUUCCAAGCCAGGUGAAGUUAUAAAAGUUGGAAGCCUUAAAUGUGUUCGUAAUGAAGGUAUGCCUAUUUAUAGAGAUCCAUUUGAGAAAGGGUUGCUGAUCAUUCAAUUUUCAGUGAAGUUUCCUCCAUAUGGCUGGAUUCCAUCACAAGACCUGGCAAUGUUGGAGGAUUUGCUUCCACCACGUCAAGAAUUAAUGAUCACUGAUGACAUGGAACCUGUGGAGUUAACAGAAUUUGUCUCAGAGCAACAUAGAAGUUAUCGUGGGGAAGUGUAUGAAGAAGAUCAAAAGCCUAGAGGUGGUGUCCAAUGUCAGACAUCCUAAACAAUUGGUGACUAGUGUUUUAAAGAU